AAUAUUCAUUCAUUCAUUGUUUUUUUGUUUGUGUCAUCAUGACAUUUGACCAUUAGACUAGAUGUCAUGACUAUAAUUGCUGCUUAAAUUGAUGGUGUGAAAUUUUUUAUUCUCAUUUUACGACUUAUUGUUUUUCCCGAAUAUCAUAAACGAGGAAAAAAAAGUAGAAAAGUAAAGAAAAUGCAACCAAAAGCUAAAAAUAUUCUUCCACAAUUCUUUUUGAUGAUUAAGAUAAAGAUGGCAAAAACGGAUCGAAUUGUAAAACCACAUUGUUUUCAAUUGAAAAAAUGGUCAACAAUUAUAUUGAAUUCAAUCAAUUUGAUUGUAUUAACAUUUUUGGUCAUCAAUUUGAUUAUGACAUCAAAUUAUUUUGGAAAUUUGCAACAAAAACAACAACAACGACAACAGAUAGCUAUGAAUUCGACCAAAUCAAUUCGUCAAAAUAAUUUUGCCAUUUCUCCAUAUAUCGAUUAUUAUGAUUAUCGACAACAACAACAACAACAUCCACAAUCAAAUGAAGAUUUUAAUCAGUUUAUGACAGAAUUUUAUACAAACAUUACCGAAAUAAUUAUCGAUUUAAUUGGUUUGGUUGCUGUUAUUAAAGAACAUUAUUAUCUUAGUUUGAUUUAUAUCGUAUUGGGUACAAUAAAUUUAAUCGGUACAAUUGUUAUGUAUACCGAAAUGCGAACCUAUUCAACAUUGGGACAAAUGAUAAUGACAAUCGUGUGCUAUACGGUUCUUUUGUUUUAUGUAAAAGAUUUGGUAAAGAUCCAAAAACAACAAAAACAAAUCGAUGAAGAGCAACAACAAAUUUGAUUAACUUAUCUUUUUUUGAUUGAUAUUGAUAUUGAUUUGAUUUGAUUAUCAUUAUUU